CGUGUGUAAAAUGCAAGCCGCCUGUAGCAGAAGUCUCUGCAGCCCGCCCCUCAUCCUUGGACCAUGAAGAUCCUGGAUGACAGUCUGUUCUGGAUGCUGCUCCCAUUCUGUCACCUGAUAGCCAGUGCUGCGGAGCACGAGGAGGUGGCCAAACAUGCCAUCAAGUUACACCGAGGGAAGGGCGCCACGGCCACCCAGCGGAAGCAGUGGGUGCUAGACAGCUGCCGGCGGCUCACCGGGCUCCUGCGGCAGAAGAACGUGGUUCUGAAGAAGCUCAAGAAUGCCAUCAGAGCCGUGGAGAGGGACGCCAGCCUCUCCGGGGAGGAGAAGCUCUUCCAGGUGCACACAUUUGAAAUCUUUCAGAAAGAGUUGAACGAAAGUGAGAAUUCAGUCUUCCAGGCCAUCUAUGGACUGCAGAGAGCCCUGCAGGGGGAUUACAGAGAUGUGGUCAACAUGAAGGAGAGCAGUAGGCAACGGCUGGAGGCUCUGCGGGAGGCAGCCAUCAAGGAAGAGACAGAGUAUGUGGAACUUCUUGCUGCCGAAAAGCACCAAGUGGAAGCCCUCAAAAAUAUGCAGCAUCAAAACAAGAGUCUAUCCAUGCUCGACGAGAUUCUUGAAGAUGUGAGAAAAGCUGCGGACCGCUUGGAGGAGGAGAUAGAGGAGCAUGCCUUCGACGACAACAAAUCAGUCAAAGGUGUCAACUUUGAGGCAGUUCUGCGAGUGGAGGAAGAGGAGGCCAGUUCCAAGCAGAACAUCACAAAGCAGGAAGUGGAGGAUGGUCUGGGCCUCAGCAUGCUCAUCGACUCCCAGAACAACCAGUAUAUUCUGACCAAACCCAGAGAUUCAACCAUCCCACGCGCAGACCACCACUUCAUUAAGGACAUCGUGACCAUAGGAAUGCUGUCCUUGCCGUGUGGCUGGCUGUGCACCACGAUAGGCUUGCCUACGAUGUUUGGGUAUAUCAUCUGUGGUGUGCUUCUGGGGCCCUCGGGACUAAACAGCAUUAAGUCUAUUGUACAGGUGGAGACAUUAGGAGAAUUUGGGGUCUUCUUUACCCUGUUUCUUGUUGGCUUAGAGUUUUCCCCAGAAAAGCUGAGAAAGGUGUGGAGGAUAUCCUUACAAGGACCUUGCUACAUGACACUCCUGAUGAUUGCCUUCGGCUUAUGGUGGGGACACCUUCUGCGCAUCAGGCCCACUCAGAGUGUCUUCAUCUCUACCUGCUUGUCCUUAUCAAGCACACCCCUGGUGUCCAGGUUCCUGGUGGGCAGUGCCCGGGGCGAUAAAGAAGCAGGUGACAUUGACUACAGCACGGUGCUGCUUGGCAUGCUGGUGAUGCAGGAUGUGCAGCUGGGGCUGUUCAUUGCCGUCAUGCCAACCCUCAUACAGGCUGGAGCAAGCACAUCCUCCAGCGUCGUCAUGGAAGUACUGCGGAUACUGUUUCUGAUCGGACAAAUUCUCUUUUCGCUAGCUGCUGUUUUUCUGUUAUGUCUUGUCAUAAAGAUGUAUCUCAUAGGACCAUAUUAUCGAAAGCUGCAUGUGGAGAGCAAAGGGAACAAAGAAAUCCUUAUCCUAGGCGUAUCCGCGUUCAUCUUCCUCAUGCUGACGGUCACAGAGCUGCUGGACGUCUCCAUGGAGCUUGGCUGCUUCCUGGCUGGAGCAUUGGUCUCUUCUCAGGGGCACGUGGUCACCGAGGAGAUCAUGGCGUACAUCGAGCCCAUCCGCGACUUCCUGGCCAUCAUCUUCUUCGCGUCCAUAGGGCUCCAUGUGUUCCCCACCUUUGUGAUCUAUGAGCUGACCGUGCUGGUAUUCCUCACCCUGUCCGUGGUCAUCAUGAAGUUUGUAUUGGCAGUGCUGGUCUUGUCUCUCAUCCUGCCGCGGAGCAGCCAGUACAUCAAGUGGAUUGUAUCGGCAGGGCUGGCACAGGUCAGCGAGUUCUCCUUUGUUCUGGGGAGUCGAGCGCGAAGAGCAGGCAUCAUCUCGAGAGAGGUGUAUCUCCUCAUUCUAAGUGUGACCACACUUAGCCUCCUGCUCGCGCCAGUGCUGUGGAAAGCAGCCAUUACAAAGUGUGUGCCGAGACCAGAGAGGAGGUCAAGUCUCUGACUGCACCAGGUGAUGGCCGAC